CGCUCGCGGCAUUUAAACGAACGCUCAUCCCCGCUUCUCCCAUCAGCCUCUGAAACCCAAACAAAAACCCCAGAAAGAGAGAAAACGUCGGAAAAAGGAUUUGGGGUUCCGACCUCGGAUUCAAGAACGUCGCUUGAAUUUUAGGGUUUUGAUUGGAAGAGAAGAUUUCGACGCCGUUUCUUCUUCCUCAUUGGAUCUUAAUUUCUUCUUCUUCUCUGAGAUCGAGGGGGAUUUGAGAACGCCCCCCCGUUUCUGGUGGUAUGAGAUAGUUUAGCAGAUCGUUCAGCUGUAGAGAAGAUAGUAAUUAGCCUUAAAGAUGAGCCUUUAGAUUUCAAACUCUGUUUCAUGGAACCCUACCGGCAGAAGUUUCCGACAUUAUAGCUGAAUUCUACUUAUGGAGUUGUUUGAUUCCUUAUGUUUUUUUAAAUGCCCAUUAUGGCUAUCAGGUUGUGACGAUGGUGCUGUGGGUAUUUGGGUAUGGAUCAUUGAUAUGGAAUCCUGGAUUUGACUUUGAUGAGAAAAUAGUUGGCUUCAUCAAGGACUACAGGCGUGUGUUCGAUCUUGCGUGCAUAGAUCACAGAGGUACACCAGAAAAUCCAGCUAGAACUUGCACAUUGGAGGCCAAAAAAGGAGCAGUUUGUUGGGGCACUGCAUAUUGUGUUAGAGGAGGCAUAGAAAAGGAAAGGGCAGCAAUGCAGUAUUUGGAGAGAAGAGAAUGUGAAUAUGACCAGAAAACUUCAGUGGACUUUUACAAGGAAGAAGAUCUUCUUAGGCCAGCUGUAUCGGGAGUUUUAGUAUUCACAUCCACCCCAGAUAGAAAAGCCAACAAGUACUAUUUGGGUCCAGCUCCCUUGCGGGAAACAGCAAGACAAAUUGCUACUGCCUGUGGUCCUUGCGGGAACAAUAGAGACUAUCUGUUUCUUUUGGAGAAGGCAAUGUUUAAUAUAGGUCAUCAAGAUGAUUACGUGAUUGAUCUUGCAAAUGAGGUGAGAAAGAUAAUUGGCAGUUUGAAAGUGACAGGGGUUGUAUCUUUUGCUCAAAAGGAGGAGUCACCUUCUUUGAUGGGAAUCCGCCAUUGGAUCAUGAAAUGGCCGCGGCCGCUUAGAGAUCUGUGUAGGUGGAUGAAUGAGAGAAUUUGGAGUGCUUUAAGAUCUAUGCAGGACACCAUCCAAAGAUCGAUGUUACAAAAGAAGAUCAAUCACUCUUUCACACAAAAGAUACAACCUGAAAGGAUAGAUGAGGUUCCUAUCUCUUGGAAGCCCCAUGAAGCUCUUCUGCAUCCUUUAUCCCUUCCAGCAACUACCAUUGUGGUAGAUUCUUGAUGUGAGAGGCCAGGAGACAAUUUCGGCUGUUCUCCAUUUUUCACUUGACUGUACACCUUUGCUUGGAGUCCCUUGACAAGGGAUCCCUUUCUAUUUUUAACUUGACUAUACACCUUAUUACAGUGCCGGAUUAAAAAAAAUGCCCGGUGUAUAAGGUUUAUUGCCUCUGCGGUGGUUUGAUGCAGGCAACUAUGUUUCAGUGGAGUAAUCUUACUGUUUUGUCAAAGCUCACCUUCCUCUUGUCAGGGAUUAUUCAUACUAUUUUUUCCAUCUCACCCUCUCAAUGAAGUAAUUUUUUCUCAAUUACUAUUU